ACCCACAAAAAGGGCAACCUCUCGUAAUUAUUCAGAUGUUUGAUGGCAAUUAAAUACCAUUUUCUUCAUUCCAAAUAUACUUCCAUAUCCCGCUUCGUAAUAAAGCAGCAAAACCAGCACACUCACAGUACGGCAGUGCCACUGUUCUCUCUCUAUUUUUCUCUCUCUAGCUUUAUAAAAACGUAUACAAACAUCUGUCUGUGUGUGUAUAUAUAUAAGCCGCAUACUUUGCGUGUAUCGGGAGCUCUAGCUUUGGGGAAAAUAGUUAGCCAUGAAUCGAGGAAACGAUCCCAACCCGUUUGACGAUGAAGAGCCCGAAGUCAAUCCAUUUUCGCAAGGUGCAGGGAAGUCACGCAUGCCUAAUGUCGUUGCUAGUACACUGGGUUUUGGUCGGAAGCAUGACGCCACUGUGGAUAUACCAUUAGAUAACAUGAAUGACUCCAGGAAAAAGGAGAAAGAACUUUCAACUUGGGAAGCAGAUUUGGACAGGAGAGAAAGGGACAUUAAACGGAGAGAAGCUGCUGUUGCCAGUGCUGGUGUUCCCGUGGAUGAUAAAAAUUGGCCCCCAUUUUUCCCUCUUAUUCAUCAUGAUAUAGCCAAUGAAAUACCAGUUCAUGCUCAGAGGUUGCAAUAUUUUGCUUUUGCGAGUUGGUUAGGUAUUGUCCUAUGCCUCGUGUUCAAUGUCAUUGCAGUCACUAUUUGCUGGAUAAGGGGUGGUGGAGUCAAGAUUUUCUUCCUUGCUAUUAUAUAUGCCCUAAUGGGUGUCCCCCUCUCGUAUGUACUGUGGUACAGGCCUUUGUAUCGUGCAGUGAGGACUGAUAGCGCACUCAAGUUUGGCUGGUUUUUCUUGUUCUAUUUGAUACAUAUUGGUUUUUGCAUCCUUGCUGCAAUUGCACCUCCAAUUGUCUUUCAAGGGAGAUCACUUACGGGAAUCCUUGCAGCCAUUGAUGUCUUCUCGGACCAUGUUUUGGUUGGGAUCUUCUACCUGCUUGGAUUCGGAUUUUUUUGCUUAGAAUCACUGCUGAGCUUAUGGGUACUCCAGAAAGUAUAUGCAUAUUUCAGGGGGAAUAAGUGAUAUACUUGAAUUCAUCUGGAAGCUGGCUAAGUAGAAAUGUAUUCUGUUAUUUUGCGAAAAAAAUUUAUCGUUUCGAUUUCGUAUUCUCACAUGUAGCAGAAAGCACGAAGGGUUUACAUGUAUUUGCUAUCUAAAUUCAACUCUAUAGCUUUAUUCUCUUCUGCACUAUUCUUUAUGGAUUCCCUAUAGUUUCAUUUGGUAUGUAAAUUCUUUAUGAAUCAUGAUAUUCAUGGCGGAUUGAUUGUUCACUCUUGAAAAUAUUAUAUUCUGUUUGGCACCUGUAU